AUGGCCUCUCUGAUAGCUGCCGACACCGAAGACUAUGAGGACUACGUAAUCGACACCCCAUUUGUAAAUACUGGAUCUUUGAGAGGUCGAUUUCUAGCAAGUAUCAUAAAGAAAGGUACACAGUGCGGAGUUAGUAGCAACGUAUGCAAUGGGAUUUCAGCAAACAAUGGUGCUAGCCGCCUUUUUUGCUGUAAAAAUCAUUGUCGGAAUGUCCUUCGAGACAGGAACAACUGUGGAAUAUGCGGACAUAAGUGUGGUUUCGGAAAACUUUGCUGUGGGGGUAAAUGCAUCAACGUUAGUCUUGAUCCUCUUCAUUGUGGCAAGUGCAAUAAAGCAUGUGAUUCGGGAGUUAAAUGUGAGAACGGUUCCUGCGGAUAUGCUUCAUGA